AUGUCGAAAAUCACAGUCGGUAUGCAAUCCCUUUACUCCGCUCCCUCGUGCCGUUCAAGACGAACAACUGCUAAUAAGUUUGCCACAGCCGGAGUGCGUACCAACGUCCAGAGUCUCCUUGAGUACUCUCUCGAAACCAAGAAGAGGAACUUCCUCGAAACCGUCGAGCUCCAAAUCGGCCUCAAGAACUACGAUCCCCAGCGUGACAAGCGUUUCUCCGGAACUGUCCGUCUGCCAGUUGUCCCCCGUCCUGGCAUGAGCAUCUGCAUUCUCGGUGACCAGCAUGAUAUCGACCGUGCCAAGCACGGUGGAAUCGAUGCCAUGUCUUCUGACGAUUUGAAGAAGCUCAACAAGAACAAGAAGUUGAUCAAGAAGCUUGCCCGCAAGUACGAUGCCUUCGUCGCUUCCGACACUCUUAUCAAGCAGAUUCCUCGUCUCUUGGGUCCCGGUCUUUCCAAGGCUGGUAAAUUCCCCACCCCAGUCUCCCACAACGAGGAUUUGAGCAACAAGAUCAACGAAGUCAAGUCGACCAUCAAGUUCCAGUUGAAGAAGGUCUUGUGUAUGGGUGUCGCUGUCGGAAACGUGGGUAUGACUGAGGACCAGCUGAUCUCUAACAUCAUGUUGGCCAUCAACUACCUCGUUUCUCUCUUGAAGAAGGGAUGGCAAAACGUUGGCAGCUUGACCAUCAAGGCAUCUAUGUCUCCCCCCAAGCGCCUCUACUAG